UACGUCUAUGGUGUACACUGUCUGUAUGAAAAGGGCAGCUUCCUGCUUGCCGUAGUUGUAGCCGGCUACGUUGGCAACAUGGCGACUUCGGAUGUCCACGUCCGAGUGUGUGAGCAAGAAAUACUCAAAUAUGACUUGGAAAUCAAGGCUCUCAUCCAGGACAUUACGGAGUGCGACGGCCCUCAGAGCAAGCUGACAGAAAUAAACACGGACGUGAAAAAGCACUUUCACAACCUCAGAUUAAGGAUUCAGGACUUUGAGCGGAUGGCGAUGGAACAAGACAGAGAGUCGGACAAGCAGGCUUUGCUCAGUCAAGUAGAGGGACACAGAAAGCAGAUGCUGAGCAACCAGACGGCCUGGAGGAAAGCCAACCUCGCCAGCAAACUGUCCAUGGACAAAAUGGAGAAGCAGGCACUGCUUAAUGGAGCCGAUGGCGACGUGAGGAAGAGGAAGAUGACCAAAGAGGGCCUCGCCCAAAGUGCCAGUGACAUUACAGAGAACCUCAUGAGCAUCAGCCGGAUGAUGGCCCAGCAGGUUCAGCAGAGCGAAGACUCCAUAACAACACUAGCAACCUCGUCGAGAACGAUCCAAGAGACGAACGAGGAGUUCAAAGCCAUGACUGGGACCAUCCAGCUGGGCAGGAAGCUCAUCACCAAGUACAACCGCAGGGAGCUCACUGACAAGCUGCUCAUCUUCUUGGCGUUGGCUCUGUUCUUUGCGACGGUUCUCUACAUCCUCAAAAAGAGGCUGUUCCCUUUCCUGUAG